AUGGGUUCAAUCCUUCAAGAAGUUACAGACUAUCAAGGUUUGCACCGCCUCUCCUCUCUCUCUCUCUCUCUCUCUCUCUCUCUUCGCCCCUUUUUCCUCUUCCUUCCUCACCAGCCACGCCCCUCUCUCCCCCUCUCCAGCCGCCUUUCUCCCUCUCCUCCAUUUUUCCCGGUGAGGGACUGCCGGACGGAAGCCAAGCAGCACCGCUGCUCUUCUCUCUCCUCUCCUCACCUUCUCGCUUCUCUCCCCUUCCCUCUCCUUCGUUUCCCCCUCAUCCCUCUUCUCUUCUCCCUCUUGCCCCUCUUCUCUUCUCCUUCUUCUUUUGCAGGCCGGCGACAGCCAACGCGCAACAGCAGCAUCUCGAGAGGCGCGCGACAGCAGCAGCUUCAAGUCGCAGCAGCAACUGCUCCAACCAGCAGCCAUGGCGAGAAGCAGGUGCGGCGACGCUCCUCUCUCUUUCGCUUUCUGCCUCUCGUCUUCUUUCGUUCUCCCUCCCCUCUCUUCUCCAUAGGGAGUUUUAGUGAGGAGCAACAGCUACCAACCUCUGGGGAACAACGCAGCAGUGACAACAGCCAGCCAGCCGCCGCAGCCCCCCCCUCCUCUCCUCUCCAAUUUUUCCAGCCACCCUUUUUCUCCCUCUCCCGUCGUCCCCCUUCUCCCUCUUUCUCUCCUCUUCCCCUCUCUUCUCCUCCCGUCUCUCCUCUUCCCUUUCCUCUUCUCUUUGCAGGUAGCAGCAACCAGCAACUCCGGAAAGCGAGGGAGGCAGCCAGCAGCAGCCUAGCGAGACAACAAUAG